CGAUCUCUCGUGAAGCUUGUUCUUCAAUACUAUUCUUUGAUCGCUAAAACUACCAAAAUUACUGAAAACCGAAGAUAUAACAUUUUUGCGUGUAUCAUAAUUCAUUACAUGUGGGUUUCUUAAUAACUAUAUAGAAUUAUAGAGAACAGAUGAAAUCCUUUUUCUUUUUCUUUUUGGAAGUGCAUAGAAAUGUUGCAAAUACAUAUUACAAACUAGGCAAGCACAUUAAUGAGGAUGUGUGUGCUUUAGAAUGAGUCCUUGGGGGAAGAAGAAAACGAUAAAAAAAGACCGAGUCCAGGAAGUGGAGUCUCCAACAAAUAAAGAGGGGAUGAUGUAUUAUCAUCCUUCGAGUAGUCAUAUUUUUUGGUUGAGAGAUUAUGUAACGUAUGUAUGACACUUAUAUGUACGUAAUACUGUGGAUGACCAUUUCAUACAAUACCAACGAAAAUAAUCUUCAUAUUAUCUCCAACUACUCUUCUUCUUUUUUUUUUUCCUUCUCUGUUAAUUAUCACAUUGUAUUCCAAAUUUAUAAUUCAAGAUUUUGUUUACAAACUUCGCUAACGUUUAUAGUAAAAUCUACAAAAAAGGGGCUCUUGUUUCCGUCCUGGAACGUCUUAAACGUGUUUUUGUUUUUGCUAUGAACGUACCGUGGAAUACUCUCUGCUUUGAGGAUCAGUGUCGCUUUGAUCGCGUUUUGUUUUACUACUUUAAGCUUCAAUCCAAUUUUGGCAUUGAUCUUGUUUUUAAGUGUAGUCUCUCUCACGCGUUUAACAUCUCGCGGCACAUAACUGGCUUUACUUAAUUAAAUUGCCCACGAGUUGUUCGUCAAAAUUCCCAAAUGAAGUUUCGUCUAUGUUUUUGUGUUUGAACGAUUAUGAGACUGUCAAGGAAGGGCUCUUGGGUUCUAAGAAAGUAAAGUGUUUCUGCACCUUCGUUAACGUUACUACAAGGAAAGGAUCAAUGAAUUGUCGUGGAGAGCACCCCAAUCUUACUUUUUCAUGAACAUCUGUCUCAUUCUUUUCCCAUACUAUGUUUUGCCUCUCUACUAAGUUUUAAGAGUUUAGACCAAUCUAGUCUGACAACUUGCUAUCGGUUUUCAUUUCGUAGACAAUGCCUCUCCAAGGAACAUUUGUCUCUCUGCAGAGUGUAACCGUAUAUAACAACUUGUUACUUGUUACAUAUAUGCAUGCAGAGCUUGGCUUUAAGAGGAUAAAAUGAAGUUUGCUCGGUUAACCGACCAAUUCACGAGUGGGACCGAACCACUGUUUUCGGGUUCAGCUACUGCAGUUCACACCAGAAUCCACAGCUCCAAAAGCAGAAGCUGUAGCGUUCCAGUGGAAAAACUAAAGGACCAUGAGAAGCUUUUAUGUUGACAGGCUUUCUCGAUUUGAGAUUAUCGAUGCCUAUGGAUACUUCUUGACCAAUUCCCUGAUGUCAUGUCACCUCCAAGGGCUAACGGGUGAUGCUUUGCUGAAGGUUUUUUCUGGUCCUGAUUUCAUAACUGGGUUUUAGUAACUUCCAGCUCAAGCAAAAGGAAGUUCGAUAUGACGGACAUAUCAGAAUCUCUCAAGGCUAUCACCACGGAGAGCAUUGAUCUGGAAAAUGUUCCCGUUGAAGAGGUUUUUCAACAUCUCAAAUGCACGAAAGAAGGGUUGACCACCAAUGAAGUACAGGAGCGACUUACCUUGUUUGGUUACAACAAACUUGAGGAGAAAAAGGAAAGUAAGAUACUCAAGUUCUUAGGGUUCAUGUGGAAUCCACUUUCAUGGGUCAUGGAAGCUGCAGCCCUCAUGGCCAUUGGUCUUGCACAUGGAGGAGGCAAGCCACCGGAUUAUCACGAUUUCGUGGGUAUUGUGAUUUUACUUUUGAUAAACUCGACAAUCAGUUUUGUAGAAGAAAACAAUGCUGGAAAUGCAGCUGCUGCUCUCAUGGCUCAGUUAGCCCCUAAAGCGAAGGCCAUCCGCGAUGGGAAAUGGAACGAGAUAGACGCAGCUGAGUUGGUUCCAGGAGAUAUAGUUAGUAUCAAACUUGGAGAUAUCAUUCCUGCUGAUGCUCGUCUUCUUGAAGGAGACCCUUUAAAAAUUGACCAGUCGGCACUCACAGGGGAAUCUCUUCCAGUGACCAAAAAUCCCGGUUCUUCAGUGUACUCUGGUUCAACCUGCAAGCAAGGUGAAAUUGAAGCAGUUGUUAUAGCCACUGGUGUCCACACUUUCUUUGGAAAGGCGGCUCAUCUUGUGGACAGUACCACCCAUGUUGGCCACUUCCAAAAGGUUUUGACAGCAAUAGGAAAUUUCUGUAUCUGCUCGAUUGCAGUAGGAAUGGCGAUUGAAAUCGUUGUUAUAUACGGUCUCCAAAAGAGAGGGUACCGUGUUGGUAUUGAUAACCUUCUUGUCUUGUUGAUUGGUGGAAUCCCCAUUGCUAUGCCUACUGUUCUUUCUGUUACAAUGGCAAUUGGUGCUCAUCGGUUGGCUCAACAGGGUGCCAUAACAAAGAGAAUGACAGCCAUUGAAGAAAUGGCAGGAAUGGAUGUUUUGUGCAGUGACAAAACAGGUACUCUCACGCUAAACAAGCUUUCCGUGGAUAAGAAUCUGAUAGAGGUUUUUAAGAGGGGGAUCGACAAAGAUAUGGCUGUGCUUAUGGCUGCAAGAGCUGCACGUUUAGAGAACCAAGAUGCUAUCGAUACUGCAAUUGUUUCAAUGUUGUCAGACCCGAAAGAGGCACGUGCUGGAAUUCAAGAACUCCAUUUUCUUCCAUUCAGUCCAGCUAAUAGAAGAACUGCAUUAACGUACUUAGACGGAGAAGGCAAAAUGCACCGUGUCAGCAAAGGCGCGCCUGAGGAGAUUUUGGAUAUGGCACACAACAAAUUAGAAAUCAAGGACAAGGUACACUCUACAAUAGACAAAUUUGCAGAACGUGGCCUAAGAUCCCUUGGGUUGGCAUAUCAGGAAGUACCAGAUGGUGAUGUUAAAGGCGAAGGUGGUCCAUGGGACUUUGUAGCUCUUCUUCCUCUGUUUGAUCCUCCUCGUCAUGACAGUGCACAGACAAUUGAGCGAGCACUUCAUCUUGGAGUCAGUGUUAAAAUGAUCACAGGUGACCAGCUUGCAAUUGCCAAAGAAACGGGAAGAAGGCUUGGAAUGGGCACAAACAUGUACCCUUCUUCAUCUUUGCUCUCUGACAACAACGCUGAAGGAGUUGCCAUUGAUGAACUUAUUGAGAACGCAGACGGUUUUGCAGGAGUAUUUCCUGAGCAUAAGUAUGAGAUUGUGAAGAGAUUACAAUCCCGAAAACACAUAUGCGGUAUGACUGGUGAUGGAGUGAAUGACGCACCAGCCUUGAAGAAAGCUGAUAUUGGAAUUGCUGUGGAUGAUGCCACUGAUGCUGCUCGGAGUGCUUCUGAUAUUGUCUUAACAGAACCCGGGCUUAGUGUUAUCAUCAGUGCUGUCUUGACUAGCCGUGCAAUUUUCCAGAGAAUGAAAAAUUACACGAUAUAUGCUGUUUCUAUCACUAUACGUAUUGUGAUGGGUUUCAUGCUUCUCUGUGUCUUCUGGGAGUUUGACUUCCCUCCAUUCAUGGUUCUUGUAAUUGCAAUCCUUAACGAUGGUACUAUAAUGACCAUAUCCAAGGACAGAGUCAAGCCUUCUCCAACUCCAGAUUGUUGGAAACUCAAGGAAAUUUUUGCUACUGGUGUUGUACUUGGAGCUUACUUGGCAAUCAUGACUGUUGUGUUUUUCUGGGCAGCAUACGAAACCAACUUCUUCCCUAACAUUUUCAAAGUGAGAGACUUCAACCAGCACCAUUUUGACAUGAAAGACAAGAAAGUGGCUGCACAUUUGAAUGAACAGAUGGCUUCCGCGGUCUACCUUCAAAUCAGCACAAUCAGCCAAGCAUUGAUCUUCGUGACCCGUUCCAGGAGCUGGUCAUUUGUUGAGCGUCCCGGUUUUCUUCUUGUAAUUGCUUUCCUAAUUGCUCAGCUGAUUGCAUCUGGGAUAUCAGCAAUGGCAACUUGGCCUUUCGCUGGAAUUAGAAGCAUUGGAUGGGGUUGGACUGGAGUUAUCUGGAUAUUCAACAUAGUAACUUACAUGUUACUUGAUCCUAUCAAAUUCUUAGUUCGCUAUGCUCUAAGUGGUAAAUCAUGGAACCGAAUGGUCGAGGGGAGGAUUGCACUUACAGGGAAGAAGGAUUUUGGCAAAGAAGAACGAAUGGCUGCGUGGGCCACCGAGAAGCGUACACAGCACGGUUUAGAGACCGGCCAAAAGCCAGCUUAUGAGAGAAAUAGCGCCACGGAGCUAAACAAUAUGGCUGAAGAAGCCAAGAGACGCGCAGAAAUUGCAAGAAUGAGAGAGCUUCAGACAUUGAAGGGGAAAGUCGAAUCAUCUGCAAAGCUGAAAGGCUAUGAUCUUGACGAUGUAAACAACAACAACUAUACAAUCUGAGAGAGAGUCUCGAUAUGUUCUCUUAUAGUUCAUUUUUUAUCAUUUCAUCUUUUUAAUUUCUUUUUCGUAUAUGUAUUAUUACUAAUUCUUCUUGAUAUUGACAUGAAUUUUGAUAUCUUAGUGGAAGAUGUCUCAUGUUGUAAUCUUUCAUUUGAUGCUUGUAACUUUAUUUACUUUUAUUUGAUGAAAAUUCUUA